UGCCACUUGGAGGUUGUAUCCCUCCAUUUGCCAUGCGCUGAUCCAUGGCUUCGCUGCCGGUGGAAAGCCGGGAAGGUCGGAUGGCCCUCGCCAUGGAGGCUCUAUCACCCAAGCAAUGUUGGCGGGACCUCAUCGCUCAAGCUAACAAGGAGAUGGUGCAGGAGGUGCUGUCAAAUGCUUGCGCUGGCAAAAACAGGUCCCUGGAUGACAUUGCCAUGGCCGUGGCUGACCGAAUGCUGGCCAGUGGCGCCGGCCAACAAUUGCUGAUGGAGGACCACGCCCAGGACAAUGCCCCACUCAGUCCUAUAGUUCGACGCGUGGACACCGAGCAACGCAAGAGAGGCCCUUUGCUGGGGGAUAUCCAAGUCGCCGAGUGGGACAUUUGGAGCGGCAAGGUGGAUGAUGCCGAACAGGUCGACCAGCUGUUGGAGCAGAGGCGGAACCUUUCAAAAAGCUCUCCGCACGGCAGCAAUUAUUCUUUGGUCCUAGAAGAGAAAGAUUCGGCAGAACAGAGCUGUUCUUCCGAGGACGAAGUGAGCCUCAGAACCAGGAUGAAGACAGGCCUUGAGCUUCGCACCACAACACAGCAAUACACCUGGAUGCGCUGGAAGGACAAGCCGAAGUCUGUCCUAUUGGUGGCCAAACAAGGUGAUGUGAAGGUGACACAGAAGCUGCAAGAGAUCGCGUACUGGAUCGAUUCACAAGGGUGCCACGUCAUCCUGGAACCAGAUCUCUGGGAUGAAGUCCAGGGCAAAACCCCCAAGAUGCAACCGGAUCCUUCUCCUCGUAAAGUUUGCUGGUGCGCCGGUGACUGCGAGUGCGCCAAACUACCACCAAAGAUCAAGCAGAAGGAACCGUCCACACAGAAGUGGCGCUGGGCUGAAGCUCAAGCUGGACAAGUCACUUCCCCCGGCUUUCUAGACAGGUGUCGGACCUGGGCACCGCAACAGGACAAGUUGGAAGAAUGCAUCGACCUGGUCAUUUGCGUUGGUGGUGACGGAACCUUGUGCUGGGCCUCGGGAUUGUUCAUCCGCGCGAUGCCGCCGGUGAUGGCUUUUGCUGGUGGCUCGCUGGGCUUCCUCACACCCUUUCCCAUCCAAGACUGGAUGAAGGUCCUGGUUCCCAUCCUGGGCUGUAUGAACGAGGUUGCGCCACCGCUGCAAGUGGCAUGCAGGGGGCGCUUCGAGAUGCGCUUGACGAGACACGACGAGGGGACAAAGUCCAUCCCCGUGCAAGCUAUGAAUGAGGUUCUCGUGCACAGAGGCUCCAGUGGGCAUUUGGUCAAGCUACAAGUCUACGUCAACGACAAGCUUGUAACCAUGGUGCAAGGAGAUGGACUGAUCAUUGCGACAGCGACGGGCAGUACCGCGUAUUCGCUAGCUGCUGGUGGCUCCAUGAUGCAUCCGGCAGUGCCGGGCAUCAUCUUGACACCAGUUUGUCCACACUCUCUAUCAUUUCGACCCGUAGUCCUUCCAGAUAGUGCUGUCAUCAAGGUGCAAGUGCCAGACAGCUCCCGAAACUCUCGGGUCAUGGUCGCGGUGGAUGGAAAGGACCGCAUCGAGCUGAAACGCUCAGAUUCCAUUGAGGUGCAGGUUUCACAGUUUCCUGUGCCCACAAUUUGCCGAUCAUCUGUCACAUCCGACUGGUUUAGCUCAGUGAACGAGGCCCUGCAAUGGAACCUGCGGCUUGAGCAAAAGACUAGCUGACCGAAGGAACUCUCAAGGUAUAGACCGAUGAACGAGGCCACGAUGGAGUCGAGGCGAAAGAAGGGUCCAGCUGAAAAGCCGUUGGAAGUGGUCUAUGAAGUCGGGCUUCCCUUGAGGCUUUUUCCGGUCUUGUUUGCUUGUGGAUUCUUUUGGCGCAUGCGUCGCAUGCGUCGCAUGCGUGUGCGCGUGUACCUGUUUCGCCGCAGUUCGCAUUCAGUAGGGCCACCAACAACGUAGUUGAGUUGUCCC